AUGAGCGUAGCUAAAAGCUUCGGUGGCCGGUUCAUCCCUCUGUAUGAACGACUAUCGGAUGGAAUUGAUCUGAACGAUGCAAUCAAGACAGGUUUAUUACUGGCAGUUCUCUGGAAAAUAUGGGAUUGGGUAUACAAUCUAUAUUUGCAUCCAUCUGCCAGAUAUCCCGGCCCGCUAUUCUGUCGAAUGAGCAUUUUGCCCAAUCUUUACUACGCCUGGAAGGGGACUAAGCACUUGAAAGCCGAUGAAUUGCACAGGAAAUACGGUAUGAGCGAAGCUCCCCACAACAGUUUAAUGCAGAUAAUAAUGCAACCAAUGAGGACAGGCGAUGUUGUCCGCCUGGAACCAGGCUUUCUCUCCAUUAUCAGUCCCAACGCUGUUCAAGAUAUUUACGGUAGUCGCUCUCAAUUCGAGAAGGGAACCUUUUAUUCCAGAGGGCCUAAAGAGAGCCAAGUCCUAACUAACUUAGCGACAGCGGUAGAUAAAAAGGUCCAUGCUCGGAAACGUAGGAUUAUGUCGCACGCUUUUAGCGAGGCAGCUGUUCGAUCGUACGAAGAAACAGUACUUGGCAAAAUCCGGCUUUUCUGCCACCGGAUCUCGGAUUCUACAGCCUUUGGAGAGGAAUAUAAAAAUAUGUCGAGAUGGUUCUCGUAUCUGACCUACGAUAUUAUGGGCAAUCUCACAUUCGGGCAUGAUUACGGCAUGCUGACUAGAACUGACGACCACUUCAUUCAACCGCUCAUUGACACUUUCCAGCACAGCCAGGUUGUCUUGGGAGUCGUUCCUUGGGUCGAGCGCUGGGGAUUAGCUCCAUUGCUAUUCGUGAACAUCCUCUUAGCUGUGAGACGGUUCCGGAAGUAUGUGGACAAUCAGGUAAAUCAUCGGAUAGCCGAGGAAAAGGCCGGCAGGGGACCGGAGGAUAUCUUCAAACUUCUCCUUUCGCAAACGGAUAAAAACACAGGCGAGAGGAUGGAGUUUAAGGAACUCUCCGAUGAGGCUGUUGUCUUGAUUAUUGCCGCCAGCGACACGACUGGAACCGCAUUGUCUGGCCUUUCAUUCUAUCUGGCCCGGUAUCCAGAAUGUUACGCCAAGCUAAAGCAAGAAGUCCGCUCUACCUUCUCCACCGUGGAGGAAAUUGUAAGUGGCAAGAAGCUUUUGCAAUGCAAGUACCUCCGCGCCUGCGUGGAAGAAGCCCUCCGCAUGUCCCCAGGCGUCCCAGGCUACCUUGUCCGUGAAUCCCCCAAGGAUGCCACGAUUGAUGGCCAUUUCAUCCCCGCCAACACGCAGAUUGGAGUCCCCGGUUGGACCAUGCAUCGCAACCCAGAAUUCUUCCCGGAUCCACAAGUCUUCAAGCCGGAACGCUGGCUGACCGAGUCGGAAGCCGAGCUACAACGUUUACGCUCCGUUCAUUUUCCAUUCAGCUAUGGGCCGCGAGCCUGUAUUGGCAAGAACCUGGCUUACAAUACGAUCUAUCUGGUCAUCGCGCGGAUUGCUUUCCUGUUUGAAAUCGAGUCGAGUGAGCCCCUGCCGUUGGAAUUCCAUGUGAAGGAUCAUUUUGCUGCGGGCGAGAAAAAUGGAUGGCUCUCCAACCGAGUCCGCUCAAACGUUGAGCGUAUGCUACCAGGGAUCACUUCCGCCCUGAUUGAGAAAGACAAAAGUGCUAUUAUAGAUCUUGCCACUGCCGAAAAUCAUGUCAUCCGAGAAGAGCUGAUUAACGUCUACAAAGAAGUCUUAAAUGAGAAGCUGGUUCCCCAGGCAUUCGAUGACGCAAGGCGUCGUGACAAAAGUGUGCGAGCGGUGGUGCUUACCAACCCGCAUAAUCCAUCAGGGCGCUGUUAUAGUCUGAGUGCUUUGGGAAGCGCGGCCCGAUUCUGCCAAGAGAAGAACAUUCACUUGAUUUCCGACGAAGUAUACGCUCUGAGCACUUUUGGGUCAGCGAAGGAAGGUGGAAAGUUCGUUUCCGCCCUGACAUUAGACCUGCCCUCACUGGGUGUUGAUCGGGCCCGGAUUCAUACGAUCUGGAGCACAAGUAAGGAUUUUGGGAGCAGCGGAUGCCGAUUGGGGUGUAUUGUAUCUCAGGCAAACGAGGCACUUCGGGCAAGUGUUGGUCUAAUGACAACUACUCAGAUAUCCAGACUAUCGUCUUUAGCCACUGCUGGGCUACUUCAACAUUGCCACCUGUCACACCUCAUGUUACUGAACUGUCAACGGCUAGCAGAGUCCUACGAUCAGGUUACAAGAUGGCUAACCCGGCAUUGGUUCCCCUUCAUUCCAGCGACCGCGGGUCUCUAUGUUCUUGCUCGGCUGGCUCCACAUGCUGCAACCUGGGAUCAAGAAGCUGAAGUGCUACUCAAGAUCAAGGCCGCUGGAGUUCUCCUUGUUUCCGGUCGCUCGUUUCAUCUCCAGGAGAGGCAAAUGGGCUGGUUUCGUAUUGUAAUCUCCGUUAAGCCGCACAUACUGGAAGAAGCACUUCGACGAAUGGAAAGGGCGUUGAACAUUGGUUAG